AUCAUUCAGAAAUAAAGAGAGAAAGACACAGAGAGAGAGAGAGAUAAUAUAAUCAACUGAGGGACCCAAACAUGGAAGACUCAACUGUUCUUUACACCUCCCUCACUCUUAUCUUCAUCUUCUUCCUCCGCAAACUCCUGCAAUUUUCAAAUUCCAGAACCAAUCAAAAGCUUCCUCCAAGUCCACAUGGUCGCCUUCCCCUUAUCGGCCAUCUCCACCUCUUAAAGCACCCGACUCACCGCACUCUAUAUGAUCUCUCCCUAAAGUACGGUCCAAUCCUGUCUCUCCGUUUCGGCUCCCACCUUGUCUUCGUCGUCUCUUCGCCGUCUAUCGCCGAGGAAUGUUUCACUACGAACGACGUCGUUCUGGCCAAUCGCCCCCGCCAUCUCAGCGGCAAGUACAUAGAUUACGACAACACCACAAUGGUCGCGGCCCCUUACGGCAGCCACUGGCGCAAUUUGCGCAAAAUCGGCUCGAUUGAGAUCUUCUCCACUCACCGCAUCAACAUGUUUUCGUCGAUCCGCAAAGACGAGCUCAAGCGGCUCCUCUGCCGACUCGGCCGUGACUCGCGCGAGGGUUUUACGAAGGUGGAGCUGAAAUCUCUGUUCACGAACCUGACGCUGAACAAUAUGAUGAGAAUGGUUGCAGGGAAGAGGUACUGCGAUGAUGGUACGAACAAUGAGGAAGAAGCGAUCGAGUUCAAGGAAAUUGCGGCGGGAAUUUUUAAGCUUAGCGGUGCAUCGAAUGUGGGUGAUUUCUUGCCAAUACUGAACUGGUUUGGGCAUAGUUUUGAGAAAAAGUUGAAGGAGAUGGGAGAAAGAAUGGAUAGAUUUUUGCAGCGUUUGAUCGAUGAGAGAAGAAAUAAUGGAGGGAGAAACACCGUGGUUGAUCACUUGCUGACUCUGCAACAAUCAGAACCUGAAUACUACACUGAUAAAGUAAUCAAAGGGCUCAUCUUGGUGAUAUUAGUUGGUGGAACCGAUACAACAUCAAUUACGAUAGAAUGGGCCUUAUCAAAUUUACUGAACCAUCGUGAUGUAUUGAUCAAUGUCAAAACUGAGAUUGAUACUCAAGUCGGUCAAAAUCGCUUGCUUGAUGAAUCAGAUAUUCCAAAUCUACAAUACCUCCAAAAUGUUAUAUUUGAGACGCUUCGUUUAUAUCCGACAGCUCCUCUUUUAGUACCCCACAUGUCAUCUAGUCAUUGUGUCAUUAAUGGUUAUGACAUGCCACCAAAUACAAUAUUGAUAACAAAUGCAUGGGCUAUACACAGAGAUCCAGAAAUUUGGGAAGAACCAUCAAGAUUUAAUCCAGAUAGAUUCAUAAAUAAUAAAGUAGAUGUUCAUAAAUUAAUUAUGCCAUUUGGGUUAGGGAGGAGAACUUGUCCAGGUGCAGGAUUGGCUCAACGGAUGGUGUGCUUAAUAUUAGGCUCACUGAUUCAAUGUUUUGAAUGGGAGAGAGUUAGUGGGGACGAGAUCAACAUGGAAGGAGAAGAAGGGCUGGCCAUGUCGAAACUAAAGCCAUUAGAAGCCUUGUGUAAAGCCCGUCCUAUUGUAAAUGAAUUUAUGGGAGAUGUUGAUUAAUCACAUGAAUUCAACUAAUUGAAUGUUAAUAGCUAAAAACAUUAGUGAAAUAAAUUAAAAUUUUUUAUGUAUGAUAAACUUAUGAA